AUGACGUCUGUGCUUGUUUUUGAUCAAUGGGGUUUUUGGUUUCAAGUAGAUGUGGAAGCUGAUGUGGCGGUGGCUGGGCAGCCCCCAAAGAAGAGGACGUUCAAGAAGUUCAGAUUCAGAGGCGUCGACUUGGAUGCGCUUCUGGACAUGUCCACCGACGACCUCGUCAAGCUCUUCACUGCCAGAGCUCGCAGAAGGUUUCAGAGGGGUUUGAAGCGAAAGCCCAUGGCUUUGAUCAAGAAAUUGUGCAAAGCUGUAACCAUCUCUCUCUAUCUCUUUAAAUUUUUACAUAUUUUGAAUAUUUGGGCAUUUUGAAAAUCUGGGUAUUUUGUU